AUGAACCAGCUGCAGGAUUUGCUGACUGAGGCUCUCAUCAGAACAAAGCACGUAGAACACGCGGCUGCCAUUAACAUACAGGAAAAAAAAGUCUGUGCAUCCACCUCUGGCUUUCAUGUGCCACCAGAGAAUGCUUUAAACCUCAUCUACAGCUUCUACAAGAACUUACUGGAAGUCAGAAGGGAAGGACUCUACUUUAAGGAGAAAUACUACAAAUGUGUCCGUGCAGAUGAGAAUUCCAUCUACCUGCAUAAUGCAGAUGGGGGCCUGAUAGUUGUGAAGACAAAGACUCUGAUCCUGGUUGCUACUUACAGAGUGGGCAUGUAUCCCAGUGUCUGUGUGGAAGCUGUGGAGAAACUAGCAGACUACUUCAGACAGAAAGGUAGCUGA